AUGGACUCUGAACGUGCGGCCGAACGUGCGGGUGAUCUAACCUUCCUCUCCUUUCCUGCCUCGCCUUCCUCUCCUUCCCUUCCUUCCCUUCCUCGCAAUCAUCUCUUUCCCUUCCCUACCCUCCUCUCUUUCCCUUCCCUACCCUCCUCUCUUUCCCUUCCCUACCCUCCUCUCCUUCCCUUCCCUACCCUCCUCUCCUUCCCUUCCCUACCCUCCUCUCCUUCCCUUCCCUACCCUCCUCUCCUUCCCUUCCCUACCCUCCUCUCCUUCCCUUCCCUACCCUCCUCUCCUUCCCUACCCUCCUCUCCUUCCCUUCCCUACCCUCCUCUCCUUCCCUUCCCUACCCUCCUCUCCUUCCCUUCCCUACCCUCCUCUCCUUCCCUCCCCCACAUCCUCUCCUUCCCUCCCCCACAUCCUCUCCUUCCCUUCCUCAUCUUCAACUCCUCCCUCCUCACCCUUCUCUCCUUCCCCCCCUCACCUUGCCCUUGUGGCACGAGAGCAGAAGUGUGGGAGGGGAGUGGGGAGAACAUGGGAGAGGAAGGGGAGUGCGGGUGGAUGGAAUGUCAGGAAGUGUGA